CUGCUUUUUCCAAAACCAAGAGAGUCUUGCAGAAGAAAAACGGCUGGCGGUUGGGGCUUGUUGCUUCAAGAUUUUCGUUGUUGUUGUUCUCAGGUCCAAAGAUAACAAGAAGCAACUGUUUAAAAAAAGCAGCGUCAAAAGGCUUAAAAAUGGCCAGUGAUCAGUCAAACUGCUUUCACUGCAAGGAUUCACUUUGUGGAAAACGAUACAUCAUGAAAGAAGAAAACGCUUUCUGUGUGAAAUGCUAUGACAGCCUCUUUGCUAACUUUUGCGAAAAAUGUCAUAAAGCCAUUGAAUGUGACUCCAAGGAUCUUGCUUAUAAAGGCUGCCACUGGCAUGAAACGUGCUUCAAGUGUGCCCAAUGCCAUCACUCCCUGGUUGAGAAGCCUUUUGCAGCUAAAGAUGAGCGCCUGCUGUGUACAACUUGCUAUUCUAAUGAAUAUUCAUCUAAGUGCUUUCACUGCAAGAGGACUAUCAUGCCUGGUUCUCGUAAAAUGGAAUUUAAAGGCAAUUGUUGGCAUGAAACUUGCUUUGUUUGCCAGUAUUGCCGGCAACCACUAGGAAUGAAACCUUUGAUUACCAAGGAUGAUGACAAUUACUGUGUACCCUGUUAUGAGAAGCAAUUUGCACAGUAUUGCUACUCCUGCAAAAAGAUGAUCACCAAUGGUGGGGUGACCUAUCAGGAUCAGCCAUGGCAUAAGGAAUGUUUUCUAUGUACUGGAUGUAAGAAGCAACUUGCAGAACAUCAAUUCAUGUCCAAAGAUGAACAUCCUUACUGCCUGGAGUGCUUCAGAGGACAUUUUGCAAAGAAGUGUGUGGCCUGCACCGAACCCAUUACUGUUCUUGGAGGAGGCAAGUUCAUCUCCUUUGAGGAGCGCCAAUGGCACAGCGACUGCUUCAAGUGCAGCCAAUGCACCUGCUCCCUGGUGGGAAAGGGCUUCCUCACCCAGCAAGAUAAAGUCCUCUGUGGCAAUUGUGGGUCUUCUACAUGACUCAGGAGCUCUUCAAGGUUGCUCAUCCCUUCCCCUGCAUUAUUUUAGCCAUGCACAUAAUUGCGCACUAGUCAGAAAAGAAUUA